AUGCCUCGGCCUACGCGUACCCGGAGAGGCGCUGGAAGGGGAACACGGCGACUUGCUGAAGGCGAUCCUUCAUUUGUCAUAGGCAUAGAUUUUGGAACCACCUUUUCUGGCGUGGCAUGGGCUAGGUCGACUCGGCCAGAUCAAAUCAGCAUACUAACGAACUGGAAGUCUUGCUUCAGUUUCAACAGCGACAAGGAAAAAGUUCCCACUUCCAUCUCCUAUAAGAACAAAGAUGACGUACCUGUCUGGGGUUAUGCCGCUCCCAUUGGCGAAUCUACCUUGAAAUGGUUCAAGCUAUGUCUUCUCGAUAGAGAAGACAUACCGCAGUACUUACAAGGUUCAACGCAUCUCCAAAAUACCAGGGCUUCCUUGGAAAGGUUAGGCAAGCACGCUGUGGAUGUCAUCAGUGAUUAUCUACGAGAGCUAUGGAAGCAUACUCUUGCUUGCAUCGAGCGAGCUGAAGGAUCCUCCAUGAUGAAUCUUUCUUCAUUCAAGGUUAUCGUUACUCUCCCAGCAAUUUGGCCUAUAUAUGCUCAAUUCAGAAUGAAGGAGGCAAUUGAAAAGGCUGGGAUUAUGAGCUUCAGAAGUGCUGCUGACACCACUAUGGAAUUCAUCACGGAGCCUGAGGCUGCAGCUCUGGCUAGCUUGCAAGAUAUGUCCGACAGGGCAGAUAUCAAAACUGGCGAUCACUUUGUUGUUUGUGAUGCUGGCGGAGGCACUGUGGAUGUGAUCACCUACUCAGUCAUCCAAAAAGACCCAAUGAAGGUCAAAGAAAGUGUUAGGGGAGACGGAAAGCUUUGCGGCGCUACCUUUGUGGACGAGCGUUUUCGACACCUUCUCGAGAGCAAAAUUCCCCUGGCUACUUGGGAAAGACUCGGGGAAGAUGGAGUAGCGCGCCUUAUGAACAACGAGUGGGAAAACGGCAUAAAGCCUCAGUUUCGCAGCGAUGGCCGAAAAUGGACCAUCCAGAUCCCCGUCACGUCGCGGAAAAGAGAGCACGACCAAUUCAUCUGUCCAGAGAUCGAUAUCACCAACCAAGAGAUUGUUGAUGUUUUUCGGCCUGUAAUGAGCCAGGUCGUGGAGCUUGUGACCGCCCAAGUCCAAGAAGUCAAGAAACGGUACAGAAAGCUGCCUAAGUUUGUGAUCUUGGUUGGUGGCUUUGGGCGCUGCGACCACCUGUAUAACUGCCUGAAACAGGGUUUAAAGGAAAAGGUUGAGAUUCUGCAAAGCUCCGGAGCACGACCUUGGACGGCAGUCUGUCGCGGCGCAGCUCUCCGGGGCCUCGAGGGAUCUGACAACACAGCAGAGUCGGCGAUCUGCUCGAGAAUUGCGAGAGCGAGCUAUGGCACAAUGUGCAAUGUGACGCCGUGGCGUGAAGGAGAGCACGACUUACGAGACAAAGAAUGGUGCCCCAUUACCCGAGUAUUCAUCGCUGCUGACCAGGCUUCCUGGUUUCUACGCAUUGGUGAUACUAUUAAAGUGGGCAAAUCCAUUGAGCACGGGUUUCGUCAAACUCUCGACGCGCCAGUGAACCAAAUUUCCACUUAUCUCAUAUACUCCAAUGCCCUCACUCCAUCAGACAGAUGUGACGAUACAGUCAAGGAACUCUGCCAAGUGCACUGGUCCAGUAUCCCCAACUACGACGAUCUACCUUCGUGGAAAAACUCCAGGGGCGAGCUUGUUAAACAGCUCGACUACGUCAUCAAGAUGACUUCGAAUGGCGUGUCUCUGGACUUUGAGAUUUCUUAUGGCGACAAAAUUGUAGCCUCCAAAAACGUUGCGGUUGACUAUAGCGAGAGCGGCGCUGCGGCUCGUCGCUCUGCUGGCCACCCUGGCAAUGAUGAUGGUAAUGAUUGUGGCGGCGAUGGUAACGAUGACAGUGGCACCUAUGUUCCACCUGGAUCUGGAAGAUCUGAAGUGCAAAACCGGGCAAACUAUAAUUGGGAGAGUCAUAUCUCCUCCCGGAUCCCAGACUUGUGA